AUGUCUGGACUUAUCUAUCCACCACCAACGUUCAUUUCUUCAUGCUACAACCCAGCAUUUUACCUCUCCCUCGAUCAGACAGGAUACUUGACAUAUGCGUAUGCCCAAACAUUAUAUCCAGGUAUCAGUGACUAUCGUCUGUCAUACAUCACUGGCAUCACCCCUGGUACUGCUACACCAGGUAUAGCUCUUGUCGUAGCUUUUGAUGCGUCUCUUAGCGGAUUAGGAGCACUGAGUUCGUCUUUAACUAUUGGCGGUUCUGCUGUAUCAGCACCCCCCCCAGCUAUGUUCUUGGAAUCACUGGCGGCACUGCCGCUGUUAACAAAGCUUUAUCAGCAACUUCGCUAA